AUUCCUCAGAUCACCAGCGACCGAGCGAAAGAGACGACACAUCUUUGCCGUUUUCGUGCUCAUGCAGUUUUGGGGAUAAGCACGUGUGAGCCCAACAGAUAGAGAGAAAGAUGAUGAUGAUUAAGGUGAAGAAGGAGACGAUGAGGGCAUGCUUUAGCUGCUCUCUCUGCGACAAUAUCCUCCGUGACGCCACCACUAUCUCCGAGUGCCUUCACACAUUUUGUAGGAAAUGCAUCUAUGAAAAGAUCACAGAGGAUGAGAUAGAGACUUGUCCCGUGUGCAAUAUCGACCUCGGUGGCACCCCAUUGGAGAAGCUGAGGCCUGACCACAAUUUGCAAGACUUGAGGGCCAACAUCUUUCCUCUAAAACGAAGAAAAGUGAAAGCUCCUGGAAUUGUGUCCUUACCGGCAAAGAGGAAGGAGAGAUCUAUAUCGUCUUUGGUUGUGACCACACCUAGGUUGUCAUCACAAGCUGGAACAACGGGAAAAAGAACUAAAGCGGCAACAAGAAAAGAGUUACGUAAUGGCUCUUUGGCUGAGAGACGUUCAUGUAAAGAGUCCUUCUCCAAUAAAGAAAACAAGGAUGGUGAUGAACCCUGGGAUUCCAAAUUGGAUUGGAAACCUUUAAAUUUUCUUGUUGAAGUGGCAAAUAGGACUAAGCCCUUGAAGUCUUCUGCUUCUCAAGGGUCAGGCUCAAAAUCUGAGCACGUGAAUGCAUCUCACAAUCAAUUUCAAGGGAGUAAAACCAAAACUAAGGAUAAAAAAAUAAAAUGUAAACGUGAGGAUGAAAAGAGUAAUGGUGAUCCUACAACAUCAGAAACUGCUACUCCGAAAAGAAUGCGUACAGCUCAACGCAAAAGGUCUGCCACCACUUUAGGCGAUUCAAGAAAUUUGCCACAACCAGAUGAGUCAAGUGCAAAACAGGAGAGGAGAAAUGGUCCCGUUUGGUUCUCACUUGUGGCGUCCAGUGAUCAGGAAGGAGGAACUUCUUUACCUCAAAUUCCAGCAAAUUUUUUGAGAAUAAGGGAUGGAAAUAUUCCAGUUUCUUUCAUCCAAAAGUACCUCAUGAGGAAGCUAGAUCUCGAGAAUGAAACUGAGAUAGAGGUAAGGUGUAUGGGAGAAGCAGUGAUCCCGACGCUGACGCUUCACAAAGUAGUGGAUCUAUGGCUGCAGAAAAGUUCAAAGCACCAACGGUUUGCUGCAUCUAUAGGUUCCUCUGCAAAGGAGUUUAUGAUGGUGCUUGACUAUGCUCGGAAGCUACCAGAGAGUGCAACAAGUAAAGGACUUUAAAGACUCUUGUUGUUGCAGAAGAAGAUUCUGUGGAGACAGGGUAAUCUAUUUUUCUCUUUAUGGAAUCUCUCAAGAGGGAACAUUACUACAACUGCAGGAGCGGUCGAAUGUCUUGUGAAAUUAGUAGUAAUUGUUUUUAUAUAAACGAAAUAUACACUC